UCAAAUUGACAUUGACAAUUUUUGGAUAUGAACGGGAGGCAUAAAAAGUGGUUCUAGUGUGAAUAUUAAAGAUUUUAAAAGAUAUCAAACAAAAAAACAGUGAAGAGUAACAUACAAAUAUGUUUACCCGUUCAAAAUUCCUAUUAUCUAGAGCUCUUCCUUUAAAGAAUGUAUUUAAGUUUGAACACAAAAAUGAAGCAAAAUUACUUUACAGCAUAGCGACGCGGCAUAGAUCUACAACUCCAAUAAAUACAUUUAUAAUGUUUGUUCCACAACAAGAGGCAUGGAUUGUUGAGCGUAUGGGAAAAUUUCACAGAUUACUUGAACCAGGACUCAAUUUACUUUGGCCGAUUUUAGACAAAAUUAAAUAUGUGCAGAGCCUUAAAGAAAUAGCUAUAGAUGUGCCAAAACAGAGUGCCAUUACUUCUGACAAUGUUACAUUGAGUAUAGAUGGUGUCCUAUACUUAAGGAUUGUUGAUCCCUACUUGGCAUCAUAUGGGGUGGAAGAUCCAGAGUUUGCAAUCACACAAUUAGCACAGACUACAAUGAGAUCGGAGCUUGGUAAAAUAUCCCUUGACAAGGUGUUCAGGGAGCGGGAGUCUCUGAAUGUGUCUAUUGUGGAUGCUAUCAACAAAGCCAGUGAGGCGUGGGGCAUUGCUUGUCUUCGAUAUGAAAUACGUGAUAUAAAAUUACCAACCCGUGUGCAUGAAGCGAUGCAAAUGCAAGUGGAAGCUGAACGAAGGAAACGCGCCGCCAUAUUGGAAUCUGAGGGAGUUCGGGCAGCGGAUAUUAAUGUUGCAGAGGGCAAGCGGCAAGCAAGGAUACUAGCUUCAGAGGCAGAGAAGCAGGAGCAGAUAAACAAGGCGUCAGGCGAGGCUCAGGCUAUGAUAGCGGUGGCGGACGCGCGCGCUCGCGGCCUCAAGCUCGUAGCUAGCGCACUGGCCCAGCAGGACAGCAAGUACGCGGCCUCCCUCACCCUGGCGGAGCAGUACGUGGCCGCGUUCAACAAGCUGGCGCGCACCAACAACACGCUCAUCCUGCCCGCCAACGCAGGAGACGUCUCCACCCUGGUGGCGCAGGCGAUGUCAAUUUAUUCAACAAUAAGUGCUCAGAACAAACAGCACAAUCAGCCCAGUGUUGAUGUGUAUGAUAAUCCUAUACAUUCACUGACGGAGAAGGGAUCAACAUUAGCUGGUCAACCGAUUAUUGAUGACAGCUUAGCGGAAUAUUUCUCAGAUGACGAAGAAAGGGAGAAAGCUCUACAACUUCAAAAAGAAAAGAAAAAACAAACACAACAGAAUUUAGAAAAAGAAACAUAGAUUUGUUAAGUAUAGAGUUCUUUAUUGAUUAAAAUAUAAAAAGAG